AUGGGACUCAUGGAUAUUGCUAACAAACUGAACAGGCUAAAAGUACCUAUUGAUCCGGCUUAUCUAGUGUAUAGUACACUGGAUUCUCUACAUUAUGAUCAGAUGAAAUCCAACUAUAACACCCUGAAGGAGGAUUGGACAAUGGAUGACCUGAUUACAAUCGUUAUUCAUGAGAAUAUGACACAAGCUUAUAGUGGUGUUGUUAACAUGGUCAUUACCAAGAAGUAUGAGAAUAAGGGUGUUACAAAAUGGGAAGUAAAGAAACUACUAGAGAAAACUCCGUCUAGUCACUUCUCUUCACGACAUGCUCACGAGAACAGAGCAGAUAUUUCUGCACGACUAGAACAAAGCAGAUUUUUAUUCUUCUUCAUUCCAACACUAGAGUUUUUAUACAUCCAAUAA